AACUUUUUCGAAUUCAUGCUUGUUCUUGUGAUCGCUCCAGUUUCAUGCGCGCUCAAAUUCAAAAUGGUGGAACAGAAAGAAAAUCUGGAUUUAGCUAGUAAUAGUGAGGAGUGGAGUUUAAAACGUUUCUAUUUACGAAAAUAUUUAAUAGUUUUUGCACAAGAGCACGUACAUUUUCGCUUGGAGGAGUUGUUCUCAAUCUGCUCGCUUUUUGACAUCUCAAUUGAUGAGCAAUGGCAAUCUUUGCAGCAGAAGAAUGAGACUCCAUUUGUUGUCAUUGAGUUAGAAAAUGACGGAGCAGCCAAGCAGAUUGCAUCAAGAUCGAUAUUAAUCAAAUCAAUUUUCAAACUGUAUGGGUGUGCAGAUAAUUUAGAAGAAUUGGUUGAAAUUCUGAAGCAGUAUAAUGUUAAUGACAUUUAUCUUCAAGGAAUGAUUGAUGAUACCUUUAAAAUCAAUGUUGAAAGUUUUAACAAGAAAUUAAGCCAUGAGAAGAAACUACAUUAUAUUGAGAGUUUGUCAUUUUUACCUCAUACUGGUGAAGUUGACCUGAGAAAUCCAGGCACAAUAUUUUCAUUGUUGUUGGACUUCAGCACUGAACAGAUGUUACAUCAGCUUACUAAACUUCUCUUUGGAAGACUGGUUUCAAAUGGUCAGCGUCACCUGAUUAAGAAAUAUUCCCUGAAGACUAGACAUUUUAUCGGCAACACAUCAAUGGACGCUCAACUAGCACUUCUAAUGGCAAACAUGGCAAAGUGUAAGGAUGACAGCUUAGUUUAUGAUCCGUUUGUUGGAACAGGAAGUAUUCUGGUUGCUUGCUCUCAUUUUGGCUCAUAUUCCUGCGGUAGUGAUAUUGACAGAACUUUACUGCUUGGACGAGGCCAUCCAUCGAGAGCACAAGCAAAGGGAAAAUGGCGAGGAAAAGAUGAAAGUGUCAGGUUGAACUUUAAAAUGUACAGCCUUCUUCAUCGCUACAUCGAUGUUUGGAUGGGAGAUCAAAUGAAUACUGCUUUAAGACCAUGUCCAAUGUUUGAUGCCAUUGUUACUGAUCCUCCUUAUGGCAUAAGAGAAGGCAGCAGAAAAUUGGCAAAAGCAGUUGGUGAUCAGAACAAUGAAGUUGAGGAGGAAAUUGAAGGGUUUAAGUUGCCAUCCACGCAAAGUUGUCUCCUCUCAGAUGCAAUUUUCAAUUUAUUGGAAUUUGCUGUUGCAUUUCUUGUAUUGCAUGGUCGCCUUGUGUUCUGGUUACCGACUCAUAGAUCUACAUUUUCUUUGCAAAAUAUUCCACUCCAUCCAUGUUUAAAGUUAUUAUAUGUCAGUGAACAGAAUCUAUCAGCGAAUGUGUCCAGACAAUUGAUAACGAUGGAAAAGAUCAGAGAACCACAGAAAGAUGAUGCUGUGAGCAUUAAUGAACACUCUCGGAUGAUUCAUGAUCAGUUCCGAAAUAAAUAUUUUAAAAUGACGGAUAUGCCCGGAUAAUACUAAGAAUGGAUA